AUGGGCGACCAGCACCUUGACGCCUCCUCCGCCAAGCCUCGGCGUGUCGUCCUGGUCACUGGCGGCACGGGUCUCGUCGGCCACGCGUUGCAGGACGUCGUGGCGACGCGAGGCCCGUCGGACCCAGACGAGUGGCACUUCGUGGGCUCCAAGGACGCGGAUCUGCGCGACGCCAGCCAGGCACGCGCUCUCUUCGAGCGAGUGCGCCCCACGCACGUGCUGCACCUGGCGGCGCUCGUGGGCGGGCUCUUCCACAACCUGGCGAGGAAGGUGGACUUCUUCAGAGACAACAUGGCCAUCAACGACUCGGUGCUGCAGAACUGCCAGCAGUUCCACGUCCAGAGGCUCGUGUCGUGUCUGUCCACGUGCGUCUUCCCGGCCGAGACGACGUACCCGCUGGACGAGAGCAUGCUGCAUAACGGCAGGCCGCACAGCUCCAACGAGGGCUACGCCAUGGCCAAGAGGCUCAUCGACACGCUCAACCGCUGCUACGCCGACCAGUUCGGCUGCCGCUUCACGUCCGUCAUCCCCACCAACAUCUACGGGCCGCACGACAACUUCAACAUCCAAGUCGGCCACGUGGUGCCCGGACUUAUCCACAAGUGCUACCUGGCCAAGAGGGACGCGACGCCGCUGGUCAUCUGGGGCAGUGGCAAGCCGCUGCGCCAGUUCAUCUCGAGCCACGACGUGGCCAAGCUCAUGGUGUGGGUGCUGGGCCACUACGACAGCGUGGAGCCGCUGAUCCUGUCGGUGGACGAGGAGGACGAGGUGUCGAUCGGAGACGUUGCUCGCGAGAUUGCAGAUGCCAUGGACUUCAAUGGGGAGAUCGUCUUCGAUGAGAGCAAAGCGGACGGACAGUUCAAGAAGACGGCUAGCAACGCCAAACUACGUCGCCUGCUGCCGGAUUUUCAGUUUACGACGAUUAAACAAGGACUGAGAGAAGCUACAGCGUGGUUUGAAGCCAACUACGAGACGGCUCGCAAGUAG